AUUCAUUUUUUGAGGUUGGUUUGGUUGUCUCUAUGGUCUUUUCAAUUGGGGUUGAGAAACCUGAUAAAUUGAAAGAUGGCCGAUGUUUUGUUUGUAAAGAAAAAAGAUGGAUAGGUUGUGCUGCGACCGUGACUAUGUUUAGAUAGUUUUUCGGAUUAAUUAAAGUGACAAAGUCCUGUUUUUAGUGCAGGACAAAAUGAACGCUACGAGCCUAUAUGUUUCGACAUGUCGGCUUGUUUUGCAAGCAGACGCCGAAGAUCCAAAUUCAUGGACCGAUUUGUACAGGCUAGUUCCUUAUUUAAGGCAAAGCCUCAGCUGUACUGUUUGCUCGAAUCUUUUAAUUGAACCGCAUACACCAACGGAAACGAACUGUCAACAUCAUGUUUGUCGUGGUUGUCGAGGCGGUCGUAAAAAACUCAAACCUUCUUGUGGCUGGUGUAAGGACUAUGAAAAAUAUGUGGAAAAUGUGCAACUUCGAAUUCUCCUUCAAUGUUAUAAAAAGCUCUGCGAGUACCUGACAAGCACAAACAUUUAUCGCAAUUUGAUAUUAUCAGUGUCUUCCAACAAUACUAAUAUUGGAUCAGUGACAAUGGGCGCAAGUAGUUUGAUGGAAUUAAUUCAAGAAGGUGCGGGUUUUAAGGACGAAUUUAAAAGUACAGCCGGUUUAUCGAAAUCUGCAUAUAGCAUUUUACCUUGUGUUUACACUAGUACAACAUCAACUCAAACGCAAGGAAGUGUCCUUCAAUCUCCUGAUGUUGUCUCGCAAAAUAUUUCAGAACCUUCAACAAUUAGAUCGGUAUCGAAUGGAGCUUCGAUAUAUUCAGUAAUGUAUGCCGGUUCUGGAAAUAAAAUAACAAUAAAACGAAAGGCCGCUGCCACUGAAGGAACUGAUAUGUCACAACAUGAAUUGGAAUCGUCACAACAAAGUUCUGUUGCAGGAUCAGUUAAAUGUAUUUCCUCUCAAAUGCCAUACGGAUCUUCUUCACAGAGAAAAUCUUCAAAAAGCAGCAAGAAUUCGGGUAGUUUUAAAAAGCCACGAUCUGGUUCGACGCGAAGUAAAAGAAAAGGAUGUCGCUGUGGUAAUGCGACUGCAAUUCCGGGUAAAUUGACAUGUUGCGGUCAGAGGUGUCCAUGUUAUGUGGAAAGUAAACCCUGCUCUGAAUGCAGGUGUCGAGGUUGCAGAAAUCCCCAUACUGCUGAUGGUCUCAAGAUUCGUCCACACAUACCGGAACUUCAUAAUUUACAACUGCAAUUAUCAACGCCAUUAAGUUGUGAUAAUUUAAAUUCUGAUCCAUUAGGACCAGUUGAACAAUGUCUUUCUCCGCCUUCAGCAACUAUUCAAGUUUUAAACGUUUAUUCAACGCCUAGAUUAGAUAUUGAUAAUGUACCGCAAAAUUUACCAGCCGCUUUAUUAGUUGGUGAAGAUGCGAUGGUAAGCACGGGAAGUGAAGCCGAAGACAGCGAUAUACAAAUAGAUGUGUGACAAAAUCUAACAAAUUAUAGGCAAUUACAUUUUAAAGAACUUUUACAACAAUAAUUAUGUACUUUCACGUGUAAAUAGUUUGAAUUAAUUACGUCGAUAAUAGUCGCGCAAGGAAUUUGAUUUCGCUCGUCUCGAUAUGGUGAGUGAAAUUUAUUUUGAUAUUACAAUAAAAAUUGCA